UUGGCUUUCACGGACACUUCAGCACAAUUGGCAUGUACGGGCACUCCUGCGGGCGAUUGACAGAAAGCAAAGUAUAUACUGUGUAAAUGGAAAGAAUCAUUCGUAAUUUAAUGUACAAAUAAUGAGAAAAGGAAAGUUUGUCCGCGUACAUCGAGAGAGAAAGAGAGAGAUAGAGAGAGCAAGGGAUGAGAGAGUUGCAAAGCAAUAUCUCAUGCAGUUACCAAACGGAUACCUGAAACCGCGACCUAACCGGCCUUCUCGCCACGAAGCAAGACGAUAGUGUAAACGGUGACCGCGCCGCAGCCGGGCGGAGUGUGAUUCAUCGGAACUCUCGCGGCGAAACGUUGGUGGAGACAGAAAGCGCUUCUGGUCUCUCUCGUUCGGAGUUCUCUCUACUGGGGAACCAAGGGAACAACCACGUCAGUGAACAUCUUAAUAGUACCAUCAGGUAACCCUGUCAUGAGCGAGGCGAGCCUUCGGCAGAUGCGAGCCCAACAACAGCAGCAAUACUUCCAGCAGAGGAGUCAGCAGCCACAAGCCAUGCGAAGACUCGAGGUGACGGAGAUGAAGACGGUGAAGUGGGCGAUGUCCCUGGCGGUGGUGAGGGAGGCGUACCGGACCUUCGCUGAGAAGCUGCCGAAAGUGAAGGGCAUUCCCAUCGUCGGCUGGAUGGUCGUCCUGACGGAGAUGGUCUUAGUGUGGUGGUGGACUUUCCUCCACAACCUGCCGUGGCCUGCUCUCCUCCUGGACCUCUUGGCGACGGGGGAUUCCUUCACCUUCAGGAUUCUGGACUUCCUGCAACAGAGGCUAGAGUGGUGGACGGACGCGUGGGGUGUGCGGUUCAUGUGGCUGCGCGAGAGCGUUGAGAUCAGCGUGGACAAAGGGAUCACGGUGUUGGACGGUUACUUCGGGAGACUUCAGGACUGGGUCUUGUACUUGUUCGAUGCCCUGCUGACUCCUGUUCGAUAUGCCUUCAAGCUGGUUGACAGCUACUCUCGGUCAGUGACCUUCAGACAGACGGUGCUGAAGGAGGACGGAGAGAGGCGGAUGUCAAGAAAGAACUUCGAGACUGAGGACGAGGAAGACACCGAGGGCUGGGCGGAGGAGGACUACCUUUCCGACCACAGCGCGUCGAGCUCCAAGAGGGUCGCCAGGAAGGACAAGCAAGGCCACCCUUGCUCCAGAGCCAAUAUGACCCCCGAGGAGAAGCUAAGAGCCGCAACGUACCAGCGAGUCAGGCGAGAAAUAAGACUCAUGAGGAAACAUUCCGUCAGGUUCUCCAGAGGCAUCGUGAGUGCGGACGACCUCUCCGUCUCGGCUUGUCGUGGCUCUAGAGGCCUCCGCUCCCGUAGUUCGGUGGAGGCGGAAGUCUGUGUAGUGUGUUGGGGUAGCUGUCCGUUGCUUACAUGCGCUUUGGGUGUAUCUAGAUGUAUAUAAUCUCAAAUGGAACGC